AUGGCUAUCCCUCCAAAGUUUGCAGGACACAAGCUGUUAGAUGCUUCUGGCCAACAGACUCAUCAUACACUUGAGCUAUAUCUCGACUACGUCUGCCCUUUUUCAGCGAAGAUGUUCAACACCUUCUAUGGAUUUAUCAGACCCAUAAUUGCUGAAAAUUACUCCACUAAGCUCCAGGUUAUAUUUCGCCAGCAUAUUCAGCCUUGGCACCCAUCAUCAACAUUAACCCACGAAGCCGGUGCCGCUGUCUUGAAGGUAGCCCCAGAAAAAUUCUGGGAGUUCAGUGCUGUCUUAUUCAAACACCAGAAAGACUUCUUUGACGUUAGUGUCGUUAAUGAAACACGCAACAAAACAUAUGAACGAUUGGCAAAGGUUGCUGGAAGUAUUGGAAUAAAUGAACUUGAGGUACUCAGGUUGUUGACCAUCAGCGAGAAAGCUAGUGAUGAUGCACAGUUAAACACUGGAAAUGGUGUGACGAAUGAUAUUAAAUUGAUGGUGAAGUCAAAUCGCAUGGUGGGGGUCCAUGUUUCCCCAACAGUUUAUUUCAAUGGUAUUGAAGAGCCGGGAAUUAGCAGCAGUUUCACUGCUACUCAAUGGGAGCAAUGGCUCAACAAAAACGUGACUUGA